CUGCACGCAGCACCUUCAUUUACUUAUAACGACGUGUAGCAGACCGGUUCGCAAGCAGCCAUAUCUCCCUCUCUCUCACUCGCUCUCGCUCGCCCUCUCCCUCUCUGUGUGUCUCUCCGCUGCACUCGCUCUCUCUUUCUCUCUCUCUCUCUCUCUCUCUCUCUCUCUAGCGCUCUGAUCAACGUGACCGCACUCGCGAUCAACUCGCUAUAUAUAUAUACACGUCAACUCAUCGUCGUCAUCAUCAGCAUGGCCGACGACAGAGAGAAUAUUCCCGAGAUGUACAAGCACGUGAAGUUGGUGACUCGGUCGGCUGGCAACGGUCGGCUGGGAGGCGUCGGCGUCUACGACAACCUGGUACCAGCGCUGCAGCGUGGCGACCUCAUCGUGCACGACGACGACAUCUGGAUCAUCUCCUAUCCGAAAUCAGGAACACAGUGGAUGAACGACACGGCUGGGUUCAUCAUGAGUAAGGGAGACAAAGAGAAGUUCGAUGCAAUCCCGAGAAACCAUCCGCUUGAGGUGCUGAUGGGAGCGACACCAGAAGAGAGGAUUGCUGCCAUAAACGCCAAGUCAGGGAUACGCCUCUUCCAGACCCACCUUCGCUUUGACGAACUACCGCCCGCUCUGAGGAACGGCAAGGCAAAGAUCAUAUUUGUGAUGAGGAACCCUAAGGACGUUGCUGUGUCGUAUUUCCACUUCCAUCGCAGUAAUGCUAUGCUGGGAGGCAUCAAGGACUGGGUGUUCUCCAAAUUCUUCCCCUACUACGCCUCAGGAGAUGUCUUCUACGGCGACUUCUUCGACUAUGUGUUGGAGUUCUGGCAGCAGAGAGCGAAUAUGCAAAACAUGUGCAUCGUGAAAUACGAAGAUAUGAAGAAGGAUCAACUCGGUGGCAUCAGACGGAUGGCUGAGUUUCUCGGGCAGUCGCUGACGGACGAGGAAGUGAUGAAGGUCGCCGAACAUACGGGCAUAAAGCAGUCCCGAGAGCGAAUCCUUCAGGUCGUUAAGCCAACGGAAAAGGCUAAAUUGAUCAUCGACCAGAGCGUGUCCCUCUUCGUGCGCAAAGGUGAGAUAGGAGACUGGAAGAAUCAUUUCACGGUGGCCGAGAACGAAAUCUACAAUAAGCGCAUUUGUGAGAAAAUGGAGGGAUCCGACUUGCACUUCGACUAUGAAUGAGCAACGGCUAAAGAUCACAUUAGAUUUCUAACAUAACGCAUAUAAAUAUAUAUAAUAUAUACACAUACUUCUUCAAGUUAGAACUGAAUUUUGAAUG